AUGACGUCGCGCAGACCUCGCGGCUCACGCCCAAACAACAACACCAACAACAAUCACUAUUCACGUCCUCAGCCUUCGGACUACGAGUCGGACAACCCAAACUACCUCUCUGAUACUCAAGCACUUCAGAACAGACAACAGGAAGAACAGAAUCCGCACCUCCCCCCCUCUCCCCUCCGUUCCAAUGAAGACCUCAACAUCUCCGUCCUCCGCCGCCACAAUCCGUCCAUCACCUCCAUCCUCUCACUGGCCCCCUAUGCAGUGGUGUACAUCUUCAGUCCGACAGCGCGACAGUGGGAAAAGAGUGGUAUCGAGGGGACUAUGUUCGUCUGCCAGCUAUCGCAGGGAACGUUGGGCGAGGAGCGGUACAGCGUAUACGUAUUGAAUCGACGGGGACUGAACAAUUUCGAGAUCCUCUUGACGGAUGGUGAAGAUGUAGAGCUUACAGAUGAAUAUGUGAUUCUCAAAGCCGAUGCUAGUAGUGCGGAACUGGACGUUGGCGGAAAUUCCAAUGAUGUCUACAAUGGUGAUGCUACGAUCAAAACGGAUAAGAACACCAAAAAAUACCCGCACACAAAUGUCAAUGAGAUUGACGAUGAUGUCCGCUUCUACGGUCUCUGGAUCUACUCGGAACCGCCGCCCAACUCGACCGCGGAGACACGCACCCUCAAUGCCCGGGUGAUCAAAGAGUGCGCCGUGCAUGCGGGUGAAAGUCUCAAGUUAGCCCGAGAGAGAUUGGAAGCCGCGCAUCAAAAUGAUCUCCACGUUGCUGCCGCUACAACUGGCACUGCUACUAUUCCAACGGAGGAAGUGCAGACAGCCACCAGUGCUGCCAUGGGUCGACAGAUAUCCUUGCAAGAUCUCUUCGGCCAACAGAGGGCUGUGGAUGAUGGAUGGAGUGUCCGGGCACAUAAUCUCGGCCCCGGAGAAUUGCACCAGCAGAUGCAGAUUCAGGCGCAUACGCCGGCUACGGAGCCUGGACUUCCACCAGCGCCGAAACAGGAUAUUCUUGGAGAUCUCUUUCGGAGAGCUGGUUUGGCAUACCAAGGUGGUAGUCAGCAGUUAUCAUAG